AACAUGCUAACCGCUACUAGCCAGGUUGGGCCAAUGAGAGGAAUGAGAGGAAGUCACGUGGUUCCAAACACGUCAAACUCUGUUGAUUUCCGUUGUUUCUAAAGAAAAAGAAAAAACUCCGGUGGGAUCACCCCUACCACAGAUGGAAGUAUAAUAUAAAGUUCUGGACCUGCUGAACUGCGCCUGGAUUCUUUAGUUUUGGAGGAUUUUUUUACCGCUGAGCUUCUGCAGAAGCAGAUUUUAUCCCGGCCGGAUGCCAAAGCGCUGCGUGGCCCAGUUCUGUGACGGCACAGUGAAGCUUGGAGUGAGUAUGCACUUCUUUCCCAAAGACCCUGUUCUUCGGAGGAAGUGGGAGCAGUUUGUGCAAGUGAAGCGCCAGAACUUCCACCAUGCUUCUCCGUACAGCGUGCUCUGUUCGAAGCACUUUGAGGCCGAUGACUAUGAGAGCAGCAUGAUGCAGAUGUUUGGAUUCAAAGCAAAGAACAACACAAGGUUGAAGAAGGAUGCUGUUCCAACAAUUCACGCCCCGAACCCCAAACCUGUGCUGGUAGACCCUGAGACUGGGCUGUGCUCACGGCCUGCUGGACAACCUCCCACAUCAUCACCUUCCCUGGUCAGGAACCGGUACACCUCUAAGGUGCUGGCUGAAGCCUCCUCGGAGCUACCCGGUCCCAGGCAGCCGUCCGUUAGGGGCAGAAAACUCCCACAGAAACAUGUUUAUGAGGAGGAUCUGACUGACCAGCUGUUCCGGGACCAGGAGGAACCAGAACCUCCACAAACUGAAGUGCGACUUGAGGAACCAGAACCUUCACCUAUGGAAAAGAACAAGGAGGAACCAGAGGUUUUGCAGUUUAAAGUGGAACUGGAAGAACCAAAACCUCCACAAAUCAAAGAGGAACCAGAAUUUCUGCAGAUCAAAGUGGAACCAGAACCUCAUAAGAUCAAAGAAGAACCAGAGGAUCACAUCAUCAGUCAGGAGCAGCCGGUCCUGUAUCAGGGGUUCAGCACCGUAAUGGUGCUUCAGUCAGAGUCCCACCUUCCAGAACCCUUUGGAGGUUCUGCAGACAAUAUGGUCCAGUUUGAGGAUGAGAUUGGUGGUCAGCCCAGACGGCUCGGGACCAACUGGAAACCCAGGACCGAACUCCCAGAGGAGCAUGUUUCUCAGGAGGAGCUCCAUCCACUCUGCAACCAGAACAAACCCAAGCCGUAUCAGGUUAUGAAACAGGACCAGGAGGAACCUGAACCUCUCCAGAUGAAAGAGGACCAGGAGGAAAUUUGCAUCAGUGAAGCCCAGGGGCAGCUGGUAGUUAACCAGGAGAAUGCCACUGUUGAAUUAGAUUUUGGACAGAAAGGUAAUUUAUUGUCCCAGGAGAGAAAUUGGUCAGGUGAGACUCCAUAUUCCUGCAGAAAGUGUGGGAAACAUUUUAGUCGGAGAAAAAACCUGAAGACACACAGGAGAACAUAUUGUAGCGAGUGUGGGAAAUGUUUCGACCACAGAGGGAACUUUCUGCAACACAUGAGAACCCAUACAGGAGAAAAGCCUUAUUCCUGCACAGAAUGUGGGAAACGUUUCACAGUAAGUGGAGGUUUGAGCAGACACAGGAGGGUUCAUACAGGAGAGAAAGCGUAUUCCUGCACCGAGUGUGGGAAACGUUUCAGUCAAAGAGGAGUUUGGGUUAGGCAUCUGCAAACUCAUGGAAAGGAGAAACCUUCCUGCAAAGGAAAGUUUUCAGUCAAAAGGUUUGUGUGUUGGUUCACAUGAGGACGCAUCCAGCAGGGAAGCCAUAUUCCAGGAGACAUUCCUGCACAGUGGACAUGGCUACAAGCAUGAGGCAGAUUCAGCCAAUAAAAUAACUAGUUGCUUUAAUGAUGGUGGACUAGAAACAGCAGAUGGUUGGAGACAUUACUGAUGCAGUUGGCAGAUGGUGAGACAGCAGCACACGAUGGUCUGGUCUAACUGGAGUGGCCGAACACGGUGUCAGAAUCCAAACUGGUGUUUAUCCAAGGAUGGAAAUUCCAUGUCCUUAUUGAGGGGGGCACUAAAGGUAAAUGUAUUUAAUAAUCAUAUUAAUAGUAAUUAAUUGAUGUAUCUUAUAGGCUGGAUUUUAAGCUUUUUAACCUGCAGGACACAGAAGGUCAGUUACUGGCCAUAUGUUUGACAAGCUGUUCCUCCACCGAGUCACCACAAGGGUGCGUGCUGUCACCCUUAUUUCUUAUUCCUUCUACAAAUGUCAGAACUUUUAGGAAUGUAGGUGAUUCUGGAGUCGUCGGCCUACCUGAGGGUGAUGAAGACGACCACGGACCUGUUGUUGACUACUUUGUUCACCUGUAACUCAAAACAGGACAGACCAAAGAUAUGGCAGCUGAUUUUAGCAGAAGGGACGCUUCUCCGAUGUCCAUUGAUUUUAAACCUCUGUCUGGUAAAAAGACUUCUGGUCCUGGGUUUGAGAUGAAACGGUUCAGGAACAGCUUUAUUCCUGCCAACAAAGUCCUAUAAACAAUGAAUGAAAAUGUUUUUUUUCCAUGUUCUAGUUUUUAGCCUCUGCUGCGUCUUCUUGACUCAUAGAUGGUUUGUGUGUUUUUGUUUUUUUAUGGCUGCCUACUCUGCAGCUCUGCAGCAAACAUUUUCCCAUUAAAGAAACAACCAUUAUUUCAUCUUAAUCAGAGUCUACUGAUAUCCCAUCAAGUACUUCAGCCAUUGUGAAAACUUUUCUGUCUCACAAUGCCCCCGGUUAAAUCUUCUAGAAAUAUUUGUUGCCAUCAACAUAAACAAGAUUCAGCCGAAGUAAUGAGGCGAACACAAUGUGCUCCGAUUCCAGAUGUUAAAGUUCGGUUCUAUUAAGAAGUGGAAGGAAAUAAAAUGUGACACAUCUUCUGGUUUAGGUGGCUACCUGAUCUGUGCUCCUCAGGUGGUUGGAGCUGUUUGCAUUAAGAAGUUGUGGGUUGGAGCACAAUAAUCCACUUUUAGAACAUUUCUGUUUGCCCUUUAUUGCAACAUGAAAAUGAAUUAUAUUUGUUUGAUAUAUUCUUCCUCCGCUGUAAAGACUAGUAAAUAAAUGGAACUCAGUGUUGCUAUAG